AUGGAGCCUCCUGAGAUCCUCAAUCCAUCAAGGAUCCUAUGCAUCAUCAUUAUCAUCUUCAUCAUCUUCAUACAUACUGUCGUUGAUACCAUCUCUGCCAAUCGAUAUCUGAAGCCGGCCUUCUCAUCCUAUAGCACAGGUAAAAUGUCUCUAGAAGACUCCUACUUUCUACCAACAACACCACCCGGCGUGGCCAGAAUGCAUCUCAUAGGGCUGGGUCCAAGUGCAGGUCCAGGCAGUGCCCACAGCCGCAACACAUCUGGCUCCUCAGUACACUCCCACGACUCUUCACCAGAGUCCAUCAUGACUAGGAUCACCACACCCCGCACAUCAAUUUCACCAAACUACCAACACGGACCUCAACUACUCCCCAAAAUCAGGACUCAAGAUGUUAUUCUCGAGCCGGCUUCUUCUUCUGUUGGUCCUCGUCGUCAUCGACGGGUGCUGUCCAACACUCGUAACCCUCCGGGUUACAUGCCCUACCCAACUGCAAGACCUUCGGCAUUGUCAAGAAAUGUGAUUGAGGCUUCUGCGGCUUCGGAUUGUGGUGGAUUGAUUUCCCCAGUCUCGCCUGCAUCAACCCAGCAUCCCGGUGUGAUUGCCUCUGGACUAUCGUCUCCAAUUGCAUUGACUACUUCUGCUGCACCUGCCGCCAAUAAACGCAAGAGUAUGCCUUCCGCCGGCCAUUCUCGGUCUGGAUCUACUUCUAGUAUUGAUGAGGUUACUCUAUCUCGAUAUGGAUACCCGACUUAUAGACAACUUCCUAAAUACGUGUCUCAACCAGAGGUAUCCCCCAUCAGUCCCGUGGACCCUUCUACCCUUGUUUUCCCAUCAUACAGUCGUCAAGUCCCGUCAGUGCAAGUCCCGUCAGUGCAAGUCCCUUGCCCAGUCCAGCUUCCCACACAGCAGGCCUACAACGCCAUGCCAUCUCCUCAACACUAUGACUAUCUCAGAGUCCACAGCGCACAGCCUUCUCCCGUCAGCUUCCUUGCACCUCCUCUACCAUCACCUGCCUCCUCGACUACAUUACUCGCCUAUCUUACCAACACCACACCAGCCGUCAACCUAGUGCGCACAGUCAACUACGGUCCCACGCGCGGUCUGAACGAUUACUUCUGGUGGGAUAUUCGCCAACUGCGCAGCUGGUCAUCUUUCUCAUUGAACACAUUUAAUGAAAUCAACGGACUCACCCAGCUACUUAAAACUCCUAUUCCGAGCCAUCUUACUCCUCAACCCAUGAUUUCGUCAUCACGCCUGACUCCCGAAAGCGAGAAUGCGCUUAUCAGCCUUGUAGGUGAUAUCUAUGCGCCACGCAUCAAUGCUGCGUUACGAGUGUCCCAGGGCUCGGAUCAUAUGAGGUUAUACGUCUCGCCAGACGCCAACUCGCCGGGUAGUCGGGGCGCAAAUGGACCCCAUUUCCUGGCAAAUUAUGCAUCUGAUACAGACGUAACGUCUUCUGGUGUUCGACGCGGGCGUGUUGUGGGUAUCGUUAAGAGCUUCGACCGCUGGAACACGGGAAUGCGAAACGAGCCCCCUCAUCGUCGUGUCGAGUACCUCCGUGGCCUUGCACAUUUACAGCGAUGCAUGCGCGAGCAUUCAUGUCGUUAUGGCUUCAUCAUCACCGAGAUAGAGCUCGUAUGCGUUCGCGCAGGUUGCGACGAUGGCGACGACGUGCCUUAUUUCGGAUACCUGGAGCUCUCCUCCCCCAUAGCCACCAAAGAAUCCUCCUCAAACAUUGACCAACAUUCACGAAGACGAUCAAGUACACCACCACAUUCGUCCGCCGCUUCAUCAUACGACGACAACCGAUCAACCCACAGCCGGAGCAGUAGCUUAUCCUCCUUCUCCUCACAUCAGCACGAAGACAGCCAAGACGGAAACGGUCUCGGCGGAGUUCCCCUAACAGCCACACUUGCCCUAUACUUUCUAUUGAUGCUCUCCAAAUCAAUGCCCCUCCCCUCCCAACCCUCGGGACAUUUGAAUGUCGGUGGUCCAGGAGCCUUAAGCCGUCAACGAAUCCUUCCAGAACCAAAAGACAAAUGGAUCCCCGAACCACAAUUGGGCGAAAAGAGGGAGGCGAAGAGAGUCAGAGGCUGGAUUAUGCCGCAGGAUGCGUGGCAUCGGAGGGAAGGGUCAAGGCCUAAAAAUAAUACUAAUGGUAAUGGUGGUGAGAGUGGGAAAGGGAAAAGGGGGAGAAAAGGGGUUGCGGCGCAGUAA